AUGUUACCUCGACUGUUCUGCACGCUUCUUCUGACGCAGCUGCGUCUUGAGAGUGCUCGCUCUGCUGUGCUUCUCGAACACGAGCGCAAGAUUGUCGUCGACAUGCACAACGAGUUCCGAGACACAGUCGCCCGGGGCAAGGCAAGGUCUUGGCCUCCGGCGGCAGAUAUGCUAGAAAUGAGAUACAAUACGCAUCUUGAAGAACUCGCUGAAAAGCACGCGUCUCAUUGCAUCUUCGAGCCCGGAUGCCAUGGGUGCCGCAUAAGUCUGGACGAGAGACCGGGCCAGAACAUGUUCGCCCACGCUGGGCCCCGCGACUGGAGCGCGGUGGUGAGGCGGUGGUCCCACGCCCAACCCCAGUUCGGAACCACCGGUCGCUCCAACGGCACGAUCCAGCUCAAACCGUCGGUCCUCAGCCAGCUUCUCUGGAGCAGAUCCAGCUGGCUGGGAUGUGCGUGGAAGAACUGCACCAGCGUCAUAGGCACAAAUAUUUAUGUCUGCAACUACUUCCCUCGGGGCAACGAGUUGAGUCAGCACGUGUACCUGGCCGGCGAAUCGUGCAGCCAGUGCCCCAAGGGAACCUGCUGCUCCUCCUCCUCCUGCCCUCCCGCGCGGACCAGUGCGACCAACGCCUCGCCGGCAGCCUUCACAGGCCUCUGCACCUGUGAACACGAGAGAUUACCGAAUAUUUUCACCGCUCAGUGUUUUAGCUACAAGUUUUCGCCGCAAUUAGUUUAUGCGUACAUACUCUAA